ACCUCAAAGAAGCUUGGUUAUACAUCCAUCACUGGGACCAUCAAUGUUGGCGGCGAACAUUCGUCACAGAAUACUGUGGUAGUUCGUGUUGUGUCAUUGGCUGGCAUCAAAGCCGUUGCUAGCACUUAUAUGACCGAAAAGGGAGGACGCGUUACCUGGACUGUGAGCCAUCCGGGAGUAUUGCAAACGGUUCAUCCCUUCGGUUCCUCGAUAACAGAAAAGGAUGAAAAUCGGUUUGCCAUAUGGUUAGAAGGAGGAGCAGUGGGCUCAGCUACUGUAAAGGUCCGAGUGGAGCCAUCUGCAAGUGCUAAACAACACUUUAUCGGUAAGAAGCAGGCGUUUGAAGAUACGGUAGAAAUACGAGUAGAAGAACCUCUAUCAAUGAGACGGCCAGAAAUGCCUAUACCUGUCAUUAGAUUAGCCCAAAAUAGCGAAAUACAACUCGAGACAGCUUGGCCACAAUCUGCCGUGGCGUAUUCUGUGCCUUCUGAAUAUGCCAAUCGUCUUUCUGUCACGAAAACGGGCGUUGCCCGCGCAAAAUCUUCAGUGGGACCUGCAGCCGUUUACAUUCGAAGAACGGAUCAACCUGACAAUGAAACCGCCUUAAUACCCAUAACAAUCGCUGUCGUCAGUUCCUUGGACGUCAAGUUGCUCACGGAAUUGGAGCCAGUUUCAUCUACACCGCUUUUGAACCUACCAGUCGGGGCGAAGAUUGCGCUUAGAGUGCUGUUCCGUGAUUCGAGAGGAAGAGAACUCAGUUCAUCGUCGAAAUUGAGCUAUAGACCGCAUAGGUUUGACCUCACCGACAUUGUCCCAUCCGACGCGAAUCGCACACUUACAGUAUCCUUGAAGUCUGUGGGUGAAACCGUUCUCAAGGUACCUCUUGCUAAACUUUUUCCAGAAUUCCAAUUCAAUUUUUAUAUCUAUGCCAAUUUAUCACCAAUUUAUCACAAUUUCUAUUAA